AUGGUAUUCAAAAUCAUAACUACUAUUGUUCCAUUUGCUGAUACUGUAUUCACUCUUCCUUCCAAAACACAGAAAAACCUCUCCAUGGAAAAACCACCCACCAAGCGCCGCACCACCACCACUCGACAAAAAUCAACCAUGAAAUCCACUGAUUCUCGUCCAACGCCCACCACUCCCACCCGUCGCUCAGCACGACAUGCAAACACCCCUCAUGAUUCAACUCCAUUUGAGCAAACUACAGAAAAAUCUCAAAACCUUAAUCUUCCUCUUCCCUUAACCCAGAUCGUUUCUGCUCCUCAACCCACCAAACCAUCCUCCUCACACGUUUCCACUCAAUCAAGCGAAGGAACCUCUCUUGUCUCUUCAUCUUUCCAAGCCUAUGACCAUCCAUCUGAAAUCUCAACAAAAGAAUUCAUCUCUGAUGAUGAUGUUCGUUCUCUCUAUAACGAAAAAUGGCGUUCACUCCCUAUCGUUGCCGGCAAAACCGUCAACUUGGAUAGUUACUCUAUCUGGGGUUACGACAUAAACGAGCUCGCAAUAGCCACAGGUUGGACUAACUUUCUCCAACUCUCUGAUGUCUUCUACCCUAGACUAGUUAGAAUUUUUUUUGCUAAUAUUGAAGCCUCUGACAGUGAUACACAGCUAAUCUCAUCUGUAAAGGGUCGUCAAAUAACCCUAACCCCAGAGCUCUUUUGCGACAUUUUGCAUGUCCCAAACAAUGGACUUCAUCUCUUUAAUGAUGAUUGGCCCUCAUCUUAUGACCUAGACAUUGAAUCCUACAGACUCUCCAUCACCAAACAUCAAACUGACCGUUUUGUGUCUGCCAACCUUGAACCCUUCAGCCAUAUCAUUCAUAACUUCUGCAUUCACACUAUCCUUCCAAGAAAAGGCAGUAUGGAACGAGUCACUGAUAAAGACCUCCUUGUCAUCUAUCAUUUCUCAAAGAAAACUCCUCUCAAUAUAGGAUAUUUGGUGCUCAACUAUAUCAAACACACUGGUCUUAGAGCAAGAAGCGCCCCUUAUGGUAUGCUUCUUACCAAAAUAUUCAAGCACUUUAAUGUUCCUCUGGACGAUGAGGACUCCUUCGAGAUCAACAAAAUACUGGAUGCCUCCAAGCUGAAGCGCAUGAAAAUUCCUUCACUCAAGCGUGCACCAUCACCUAAACCUGAGGCCAAAUCAAAGCGCAGGCGUCUUGUUAAGCAAUAUGCUCCAACUGAACCUUUAACAACAGGUACUGAAUCUCCUAACUCUCCAAACAGCCUGACCACAAAUUCUCCCAUUCCACUAUCUGUGGCUCUUCCAAACACAGCUGACCUAGAAUCCCCACAAAAGCCCUCACCGAUCUCUCCUCAUGCCUCCAAAUCCGUAUCUCCAAACCCAAAGGAAACACAUAAACAAUCUCCUGAAACCACACAAACAAUCUCCUGA